AUGAUCCUGAGGAUUUUGAAUUUUGAACCUCAUUACAAUAGCAUCCAAGAAGGCAAAGGAGGCUCAGGGGGGAGAUUAGAAGGAGACUUUCAUGAUUUGCAAAUAGCACUUCCAAAUGAAGACACUGUGCCAAAUUCUGAAAUAGGAGACAACCUUGUUGAUUCACCAAACGUUCUCAGUUCACCUUCCCUGACAUUGAUGAUAGACUGGCCACAACUGUGGAUUAGUAAAAAUGCAUUUCUAAACUAUACUACAUCUGGAAUUUCAUCUCAGAUUGUUACAUUUAUCCCAUUUGUUUUGAAAACUGACAAGAUGUAUAUGUUGGAUGUUUCUUUGGUUUCGCAUGGAAAUCCAGUUGGCAGAUCUCAGAUGUACUUUAAAGUCAAUGAAAUGCCACAAAAAGUAAUAUGCCAAGUGCAGCCCAGAGACGGCAUUGAAGUAUACACCAUUUUCAGCAUAUUUUGUACAUCCGGCCAGGAGGACCUUUCUUAUGAAUUCAGUUACAAGACGGGAAAAUACUCAAGACAAAAAAUACUAUAUCAAGGAAGGGAUGUCCAGUAUUAUUUCAGUUUGCCUGCUGGCAAAGCAGAUGAUGGAUUCAAAGGGAUGAACCGUUAA